AUGGCCGGCCAUGAGAGUGAGAAAUUGUCUGAAGCACAUCCAAUGAAUAGUGAUCAAGAGGAGUUAUUGACAACUCCAAGGAACUUAUCAAGGAGGCAAUCAAAGAAAAGCUUACGAUUGAAAGACUUUUCUUCCUUGAAAUCAUUUCGAGUUGCAGAUUUAGGUUGUUCAGUUGGAAUAAACACAUUUUUUGCAGUGCGAAACAUAAUUGAAGCUGUGGAGUUGAAGUGUCAAUCCCAGCAGGGACUCGAUUUCCAUCGUCUCGAAUAUCAAGUUUUCUUCAAUGAUCACAGCUCAAAUGAUUUCAACACCCUUUUCAUGUCUCUCCCUCGUGACAGGCGAUACUAUGCUCUGGGUGUGCCUGGUUCUUUCUAUCAACGGUUAUUUCCCGUUGUCAGUUUGCACUUAAUCCAUUCUUCCUAUGCUUUACAUUGGCUUUCCAAAGUACCAAAAGAGGCAAUUGAUAGAAGCUCCCUUGCCUGGAAUAAGGGAAGGAUCCAUUACACAAAUGGUCCAGCUGCAGUUGUUAAUGCUUAUACUGCUCAAUAUGCUAAUGACAUGGAGAACUUCUUGCAUUCUAGAGCACAAGAAAUUAUAGGUGGAGGUUUGAUGUUACUAACUAUUCCAUGCCGCCCUAAUGGAAUCCCUCAUUCCCGAACUUUACCAAGUAAAGCCUAUGACCUCUUGACAUCUUGUCUCAUGGACUUGGCCAAGAAGGGAUUGACCAGUGAAGAAAAAGUGGAUUCGUUCAAUAUACCUAUUUAUAACGCGUCUCCUCAAGAACUGGAAGUAGCUAUAUCAAAAAAUGGAUGUUUCAGCAUAGAGGGAAUAGAAAAUCUGCCUCGUGUUCAAAGACAAGAGCAUGACUCUGUAUCUAAAUCCCCGCUAUUUACAUCUCACGUUCGAGCUGCAAUGGGGGCACUAUUUGCUGAUCAUUUUGGACAUGAGAUCUUAGAUGAACUCUUCCAACUCUAUCAGGAAAAACUUGAAGAGUCUUCAAUAUUUGAGUUGGGAUCCUCGACGAAUGCAAUUAAUCUAUUUCUUCUAGUCAAACGAAAAACAACUUGUUAG